UCCCAUUUCUCUCUCGCAGUCGCAGGGUCGCAGCAGGAGGGGAGCCCCCACCAGGACCUCACCGAAAUCCCCUCGCGCACCAGACAAUUCCUCCAGCCACCGCUACACUCACGCCGCGCCCUCCACCACCGCCACCCGGAGGAGCUGCUCCCUCCGCACGCACACCGGACCUCGGCUUCGCGCGGGAAGAGAUCCGGGCGGGCCCCGUGGCUCGGAUUCGCCCGUCCUGACCGCGCUGGAUUCCGCGGCCUCGGCCUCGAUUCGGCCGCAGGGCUACCAAUCUGCUUCGGUCAGAUUGUGGAUUCGCGUGCCACGGAGGGUUAGAGAGUUGAUUGAUUAGGCAGGAACCGCCUUGCUCCGAUGGAGGAUGGGUGUGAUCGAAAUCACUAGCAUUUGUCUAUGCCCUUCCUUGUGUGCUUGGCAUCCAACUACACUCUUCACAGCAUGUUGGGUCAGAUUUGGAUUAGAAUUCCUUCGGUCGGUCAUGCACCACCGUUGCACCUUCGACGCAUCCUGAGAAGAUCAAGUGUCGAGGUAUUAUGGUCAUGAAGAUGGAGAUCGAGGACGACGGUGCCGUUGGAGGAACUGGCACAUGGACAGAGGAGGACCGUGCUCUCGGCGCUGCUGUCCUCGGAACAGAUGCCUUUGCAUAUCUAACAAAAGGGGGUGGUGCCAUAUCUGAGGGUCUUGUUGCGACAUCUUUGCCAGAUGACUUGCAAAACAAACUCCAAGAGCUUGUUGACUCAGAGGGCCCUGGAACUGGUUGGAAUUAUGCCAUCUUCUGGCAGCUCUCACGCACAAAAUCUGGUGAUCUCGUCCUUGGAUGGGGGGAUGGCUCCUGCCGUGAGCCUCGGGAUGGAGAGGUGGGAGCUGCUGGUUCUGCAGGCAGUGAUGAUACCAAGCAGCGGAUGCGCAAGCGUGUGCUGCAGAGGUUGCAUAUAGCAUUUGGGGUUGCGGAUGAGGAGGAUUAUGCCCCUGGUAUUGAUCAGGUGACAGAUACUGAGAUGUUCUUCCUAGCAUCUAUGUACUUUGCGUUCCCGCGUCGUGCUGGUGGCCCCGGCCAAGCAUUUGCAGCAGGCAUCCCCCUCUGGAUUCCCAAUACUGAGCGCAAGGUAUUCCCAGCCAACUACUGUUACCGGGGGUUCCUUGCGAACGCGGCGGGAUUCAGGACUAUUGUGUUGGUGCCGUUUGAGAGUGGUGUUCUCGAACUGGGCUCAAUGCAGCACAUAGCUGAGAGUUCUGAUACUAUCCAGAACAUACGGUCUGUGUUUGCUGGGGCAAGCACUAAUAAGGCUGCAGUUCAGAGACAUGAGGGAAAUGACCCUACUCCUCCAGAAAGGUCGCCUGGUUUGGCGAAGAUUUUUGGGAAGGAUCUGAACCUUGGCCGGCCAUCAGCAGUGCCAGCGAUUGGUGGCGUAUCUAAGGUAGAUGAAAGGUCAUGGGAACAGAGGAGUGCUGCUGCUGGGACCUCAUUGCUUCCCAAUGUCCAGAAAGGAUUGCAGAAUUUCACUUGGAGUCAGGCUCGGGGCCUGAAUUCUCAUCAGCAGAAGUUUGGCAAUGGUGUGCUGAUUGUGAGCAAUGAAGCUGCACACCGCAACAAUGGAGCGGCCGACAGCCCUAGUCCGAGUCAGUUUCAGCUUCAAAAGGCGCCUCAGCUUCAGAAACUGCAGCUCCAGAAAUUGCCGCAUAUUCAGAAGACACCACAGCUUGUGACCCAGCAGCCGCUGCAGCCACAGGUUCCUAGGCAAAUUGAUUUUAGUGCUGGGAGCAGUUCCAAGUCUGGUGUGUUGGUUACAAGAGCAGCUGUCCUGGAUGGGGAGAGUGCAGAGGUGGAUGGCUUGUGUAAAGAAGAAGGGCCGCCUCCUGUUAUAGAGGACCGGCGGCCAAGGAAGAGGGGAAGAAAGCCUGCAAACGGGAGGGAAGAACCACUUAACCAUGUCGAGGCUGAGCGACAGCGGAGGGAGAAGCUCAACCAGCGGUUCUACGCGCUCAGAGCAGUUGUGCCAAACAUAUCAAAAAUGGACAAGGCGUCCCUGCUGGGCGACGCGAUAACUUACAUCACUGACCUCCAGAAGAAGCUGAAAGAGAUGGAGACGGAGAGAGAAAGGCUUUUGGAGUCCGGUAUGGUGGAUCCGAGAGAGCGAGCGCCUAGGCCGGAGGUGGACAUCCAGGUGGUGCAGGACGAGGUUCUUGUUCGAGUGAUGUCUCCUAUGGAGAGCCAUCCAGUCAAGAAAGUCUUCCAAGCGUUCGAGGAGGCAGAAGUCCGUGUAGGUGAGUCAAAGGUGACGGGCAACAACAACGGGACAGUGGUGCAUUCUUUCAUCAUCAAGUGCCCUGGCACCGAGCAGCAGACGAGGGAGAAAGUGAUCACGGCAAUGUCUCGCGCGAUGAGCAGUUGAGCAGGGCGUAGGAUCAGGUCGGUGCGGUAGGGGGUGGUGGUUUUACUGUGUUGGUUGCGAACAAGCAGCAGCAGCCCUUGACAUGUCCCAUUGUCGAUAGGAGGAGAGUUGUAGGUGGAGAAAGGGAAGCUCAGAUUCUGACUAGCGGUGCAGGAAGAAAAAAAAGGCUCUGCCGCGGUAUGGUAGGUUUCUUGUGGGAGGUCCUUGUAGUUUUUUGUUCUUUUUUUUUUUUUUGUGGGGGGCGGGGGGCGGGGAUGGGAAUGGAAUGGAAUGGAUGGAUACUGUGUUCCUAGUGUAAGGUUGUUGAUGCAGCAGAACAAAUAGGGGCUGUUUGGAUACGAGGUGCUAAACUUUAACAGUGUCACAUCGGAUGUUCGGAUGCUAAUUAGGAGGACUAAACAUGAUCUAAUUAUAAAACUAAUUGCAGAACCUUGUGCUAAUUUGUG